AUGAACACUGCUAAAGUCGAAGAUCUGGAAUGUCACAGGUACGAAGAUUAUUCCGAGAACAGUCGUACAACGGACAGUGAGAAGUCUCCCACACUGGCCUGCAGCCCUCCAGGAAAAACUGCCGAAUUUGACCCGCUGCAGAACGCUGUAUUUGAAGCUCCUGUUCCGUGGCAUGCCCUUUUACCAUUCAUCAGGUCUCCGGCUGUGAAUGAUGCCCGACAGAACGUCAGCGACGAGGAAGACGAUGACGUUUUUGAGUCAGUGCCGGAGGAGGAGGCGUUCGCGAAAGCCAUCGCCGAAACUUCGCAAAUUUCGGGUAAACGUAGGGCUCAAAGCCUCGGCGCUAUGCCGAAGGAUGUCGUUGACUCUAAAAGCCCCAAGAAGGUACGAAACAAAAACCACAUACGGCGCCCGAUGAACGCUUUCAUGAUCUUUUCCAAGAGGCAUCGUCCCCUGGUUCACCAGCGGCACCCGAAUCAAGACAAUAGAACCGUUUCCAAAAUCCUGGGCGAAUGGUGGUACGCGUUGGCGCCGGAGCAAAAGCAGGAGUAUCACAAUUUGGCAUGUCAGGUGAAAGAAGCACACUUCAAGGCGAACCCCGACUGGAAGUGGUGUAACAAGGAGCGGAAGUCGUUCGCCAAAAAGUUUUACUGUUCUGCCUUCGACCACAGCGACGUGAAAGUACCAAAAGGUAAAAGCAAAUGCAACUAA